UAUUCUCCUAGUUCUCUUCAUUCUGGCCACACAUGAUUUCCGUUUUGUUGAUCACAUGUUUGUAUUUUGAAAAAGUAACAGUCAGAUAAUUGUUAUGAAGCAAACAUGUAAUUAUAUAUCUGCCUGCAUGUAGCAUAACAUGGACAAUACAAAUCAAUAUAACAUUUAAUUUGUAGGCUGCUUAAUUACAGUACUUGAGAACAUGUAUAGUUAUUUUUAACAAGUGAAACAACUAUUAGCAGAUAAUGUUAUUCUAAACAGAGCUCAGCAUGUUAAUAGAAACUCGACCAUGAAACGCAUAAACAUUUAUUCCCUCUCUUUAGAAUGAUAGUUGUAUGCACACAUUUGGUAAUUUCCCCACACACGCACGGCCCGCUGCUAUUAUUUAGUUGGAAGAACAAUUUGCUCAUGAAGUUUAUUUUGAAAACGUACAACGUGUGUGACGUCAUCAGUCCACGACGAAGUGCGUGUUGAUGAAACCGGAGAAUCCACGUCGAUGUCCUUGUAGACGCCAGUCAUGUUGGUUUUACAUAAAUGUUUUGAUAUCGUACGUCCGUCCGGCUCCUUGAGGACGGUGCUGACGAUCGGCCGGUGGAUUCGGUGUUUUCACAGCCCGUCGGUACCGGCCGGACUGCCCGGUUCUGCGCUCUCCUGUCGUCAUCCAGGACCGACGACAACCACAUGCAGGUCGGAGUUCCCCUCCUCACAAAACCGGGCUAGUUUGCACGUCGUGCUCCCUGCUGCCAGUUUUAAAAGUUCUAGAUCAUUCUCAACGUCACCGAGGAGCAGAAGUGACGCGAUUGGAAAGAUCCAGACGAAGCACUACAAACUCGUUUACACAUGCAAGGUUUGCUCCACCAGGUCCACAGAGAAGGUAUCCAAGCAGGCCUAUCACAAAGGUGUUGUGAUCGUGACAUGUCCCGGAUGUAAGAACCACCAUAUCAUUGCUGAUAACCUGAGCUGGUUCUCUGACCUGGAGGGAAAGAGAAACAUUGAGGAAAUCCUUGCUGCCAAAGGAGAGACGGUGAAGAGGAUUGAAGGAAGUGCUGCUUUGGAGAUUGAGGAAAUCCUUGCUGCCAAAGGAGAGACGGUGAAGAGGAUUGAAGGAAGUGCUGCUUUGGAGAUUGAGGAAAUCCUUGCUGCCAAAGGAGAGACGAUGAAGAGGAUUGAAGGAAGUGCUGCUUUGGAGAUAUUGGUGGAGGAAUCUAUCAAAGACAAGUCUCAACGUGGGAAAAACACAGAGAAAUCAGAUGACCCAGAAAAACAAUAAUGCUGUAUUUACACUGUAUAUGUAUAUUGUGAGAUAUGUUUGUAUUUUAAUUAUAUAAUAAUCACAAAUGUU